AUGGGAAGCGGGAACGAGCAGUGGGAGUGCUGCGUGGAGACGCUGCGCUUCUGUGAGUGGCUGACUGUGGGGCUCUCCUCAGGGUCAUGGCCCAACGGAAGCAACCUGUUGUCUACCCUGGACUCCCUGUUCCGCGCUUCCUCCGAGGCUGACCAGAAACACUUCACAGUGCUGGUCCACCUGGCUGAUUCUGACCUCACCUGGCUCAACAAAACCGUCGAUGGUAUUUUAAACCUCUUCAGCUCACAGAUCUUGGCAAGGCAAUUGCUACUGAUCCACGCUCCACCUGACGUCUACCCCCCUGUGGAUGGCACCAGGGAUGACGGCGUGCCUCGGGAAUUCUACUCCAAGCAGAACGUGGAUCAUGCCUUCCUCAUGAGCUACGCAGCAAACCUCUCUGAUUACUUCCUCCUACUAGCUGACAACGUGUUUUGUGGCCCCAAAUUUGUCAACCACAUUCAGCGGCAGGUGACCAAAAUGAAGUCCCACCCAUGGAUUCUACUGGAGUUCUCUAACAUGGGCUUCCUGGGAAAACUCUUUCACAGCAGAGACCUCCCACUCCUUGCCCAGUUCCUGCUCCUCUUCCACGCGGAGAAGCCCCUGGAAAGGUUGAUCCCUCACUUCUGUGCCCUUUCCGUUCCGAAGAAACCGAUCCUCUGCCCGCCGUUCCUCUUCUACCCGAGGGCCUCUUACAUGACCUCAGAUGGCAACAAGAGCUCAGCAGUUAAGGCAAAGGACUCUCACGGCCCUGACAAUCCACCUGGGACCAUUUUCACGGAUAUGACGGGUUCUGACGUUCAUUUCCCCUGGGAGGCCUACAGUCUGGAGGAGUCAUUCUUUUGGACAAGCAAUGUCAGUCUAGGGAACCACCUGACCGUGCUUUUGAGCAGGUCUGUGAACCUGGCGAGAGUGCAGGUGCUGACAGGUUCCAUAGUGGAUGGAGAAGGGGCCUUAGAGAAAGGGCAAGUAGAGUUGGGCUAUGGCCUUGAGGGAGUGCCACAGUACUGUAGCAAGUUCAUCUUGCUGGGCCAACUCUUGGAAGGGCAGUUGGAUCAGGAAGUGUUUCCAAAAACGAUGAGGCAAGACGUGAGCUGUGUGAGGCUGGUGGUGAAAGCUAGUCAGGUGGGUGGGCUCAUGAUCAGGCAUAUCUACCUCUGGGAGGACAAGGACAAGGAAAAGGCCCCCCCAAAAGAGGCAAAAAUAAACCAGUAA